CUCUCUCUCUCUCUCCAUCUCUCUCAGUCAUCCUCGGUGUCUCUCUCUCCUGAAUCCGCCGCAGAACUCCGCCGACCAGCCGCCAGGUGACUGCGCGGAGCCAAAUCUCCAUCAGCACCGCCGCCGCCACUGUUGUCGUCGUCUUUCAUCCCCCCCUCCCCUCCCCCGGCUCCUUCGGACUCCAGGGGACCGGAGCUACCGCAUCCCUGCAUCCUCACCCCGCAUCCUCUCAUCCGGUUCGGGACGUUCUCCGCUCCACGCACACGCAGAUUAACGGGGAUUCUGCCUCCCCGCCCGGACUCUGAUGCUGAUGUCCUUGAGCUCGGCCUGCGCGGUGAGUCGGUGCCGGUGCAGCAGUAGCUGCCUCUAAGCUGGAUCUGCUUCCUGCCUGGGAUCUACCAGCCGACGUCGCCCUCUCUCCAUCCAUUGCUUUAUUCCCGUCCGCCAGCAUGUCCGUCCGUUUGUCCAUGGACCAGCCGUGACCCAGGAGGGAGGGGGACAGAGUGCCGUCGCCGUGGAGACGAAGGAGGAGAAAGCUGGAUUCAUUCAGACGUUACGUAUCUGAAGUGCUCCUGCUUGCUGUCCUUCAUCCUCCUCACCCUCCUCCCCUUCCUCCCUCAGUUAUGGAGAUUUAAAGGAGCAGUGGGAGGUUAGGUCAAGACAGAUAGGAGGGAGAAAAGACAACCAAGACCUAUUUAUUGCCCUAAGCAAGAAUAAAGGAGAGUGGAAGGUGAUUCAUUCAGUCACUUGGUCUAAAUAAAAACAUUUGAAGCACAUGAGCAGCUCUUCACCUGCGGACGGAAGGAGGAGCUGAGCCGAGCACGGACAGAAAGAACCAAAACAGAGAAAGUAUCUUACUGACAUGUCAACAACAGCAACAAUGGGGGAAAUGGCCAACAGCGCUGUGGAGUUUUAUCCCAAAGGGACUAGAGGCAGGGGCGGAGGAGGAGGAAGGGCAGAUGGCAGCCUGGCAGGGGGAGACUUUGGGGUCACAGUGAAGGAGCUAAGGGAGCUGAUGGAGCUGCGAGGAGCUGAUGCUCUACAGAAGAUCCAGGACUGUUAUGGAGACACAGACGGCCUGUGCCAGAGACUACAAUCCAGCACCACUAAUGGUGUCAGCGGUGACCCAGCAGACCUGGAACGUCGAUAUCAAGCUUUUGGCCGGAACUUCAUUCCCCCAAAGAAGCCGAAGACGUUCCUGGAGCUGGUGUGGGAGGCUCUGCAGGACGUCACCCUCAUCAUCUUGGAGGCCGCUGCCAUCAUUUCCCUCGGUCUCUCCUUCUACCAGCCGCCGGGGAAGGAAAGCGAAUUGUGUGGGGAAGUCAGUUCUGGAGCAGAGGAUGAAGGGGAGGCUGACGCAGGCUGGAUCGAGGGCGCGGCCAUCUUGCUUUCUGUUGUAUGUGUUGUCCUGGUGACGGCGUUUAACGACUGGUCCAAAGAAAAACAAUUUCGAGGUCUGCAGAGUCGGAUUGAGCAGGAACAAAGGUUUGCAGUGGUUCGGAAAGGAAACGUCAUCCAGAUUCCGGUGGCCGACAUGGUGGUGGGAGACAUGGCUCAGGUCAAAUACGGUGACCUUCUUCCUGCUGACGGUAUCUUGGUCCAAGCCAACGACCUGAAGAUCGACGAAAGCUCCCUGACAGGAGAGUCUGACCAUGUCCGCAAAUCUGUGGACAAGGACCCCAUGCUGCUCUCAGGUACCCAUGUGAUGGAGGGCUCAGGCAGGAUGCUGGUAACAGCCGUAGGCGUCAACUCACAGACGGGCAUCAUCUUCACCCUGCUUGGUGCAGGAGACGUAGAGGAGGAGGGAAAAGAAAAGAAAGGAAAACAAGCUGAUGGAGCUGUGGAGAACAAUCAGAAUAAAGCCAAGAAGCAGGAUGGGGGAGUUGCUAUGGAGAUGCAGCCCUUAAAGAGCGCAGAGGGAGGAGAAGUGGAGGACAGAGAGAAGAAGAAGACCAGCGUUCCAAAGAAGGAGAAGAGCGUGUUGCAGGGGAAGCUGACCAAACUGGCCGUUCAGAUUGGCAAAGCAGGUUUGGUGAUGUCAGCCAUCACUGUCAUCAUUCUAGUGCUCUACUUUGUCAUAAACACGUUUGUUGUCAAAGGUCGCACGUGGCUUCCAGAAUGCACUCCCAUUUACGUCCAGUAUUUUGUCAAGUUCUUUAUAAUCGGAGUGACGGUGCUGGUGGUGGCCGUCCCAGAAGGCUUACCUCUCGCUGUCACCAUCUCUCUGGCCUACUCUGUCAAGAAAAUGAUGAAGGACAACAACCUAGUACGGCAUCUGGAUGCAUGCGAGACCAUGGGCAACGCCACGGCCAUCUGCUCCGACAAGACCGGCACGCUCACCACCAACCGGAUGACUGUGGUCCAGCUUUACGUAGGUGAUGCUCACUAUCGCGUGAUCCCAGACCCUGGACAGGUCAACCCUCACACUCUGGAUCUGCUGGUCAAUGCCAUCGCCAUCAACAGCGCCUACACCUCCAAGAUCUUACCGCCGGAUGUGGAGGGAGGUCUCGCCAAGCAGGUGGGGAACAAAACAGAGUGCGGCCUUCUGGGAUUGAUCUUAAACCUUCAGCGGGACUACGCCACCGUCAGAGAGCAGAUCCCGGAGGAGAAACUCUACAAGGUUUACACGUUCAACUCGGUGCGUAAAUCUAUGAGUACUGUAAUCAAGCUGCCUGAUGGGACCUUCCGCCUCUACAGCAAAGGAGCUUCUGAGAUCAUGCUGAAGAAGUGUUCCUACAUCCUGGAUGCCAACGGAGAAGCUCGCAGCUUCCGUCCACGCGACAGAGAUGAAAUGGUCAAACAGGUGAUUGAACCCAUGGCCUGUGAAGGGUUGAGGACCAUCUGCAUAGCUUACCGUGAUCUGCCACCAAAUCCAGAGCCAGAAUGGGACAACGAGGCUGAGAUAGUGACUGAGCUGACCUGCAUAACCGUGGUGGGGAUAGAGGACCCUGUGCGGCCUGAGGUGCCGGAAGCCAUCCGGAAGUGUCAGCGCGCCGGCAUCACGGUGCGAAUGGUAACCGGUGACAACAUCAACACAGCGAGGGCCAUCGCUGCCAAGUGUGGUAUAAUCAACCCUGGAGACGACUUCAUCUGUCUGGAGGGGAAAGAGUUUAACCGACGAAUCAGGAACGAGAAAGGGGAGAUUGAACAGGAACGCAUCGAUAAAAUCUGGCCCAAACUGCGCGUUUUGGCUCGAUCCUCUCCGACAGACAAGCACACACUGGUUAAAGGCAUCAUUGACAGCCUUGCUGUGGAACAGAGGCAGGUUGUUGCAGUAACAGGAGACGGGACUAACGACGGACCCGCUUUGAAGAAGGCUGACGUGGGCUUUGCUAUGGGUAUCGCAGGGACAGACGUGGCCAAAGAGGCGUCCGACAUCAUCUUGACUGAUGACAACUUCAGCAGUAUCGUCAAAGCAGUGAUGUGGGGACGAAACGUCUACGAUAGCAUCUCCAAGUUCCUGCAGUUCCAGCUCACAGUCAAUGUAGUGGCUGUCAUCGUGGCCUUCACCGGCGCCUGCAUCACCCAGGAUUCUCCUCUGAAGGCGGUGCAGAUGCUUUGGGUGAAUUUGAUCAUGGACACGUUUGCCUCCCUCGCUCUGGCUACCGAGCCCCCCACUGAGGCCCUGUUGCUACGGAAACCCUACGGGCGAAACAACCCGCUCAUCUCUCUCACCAUGAUGAAGAACAUCCUGGGCCAUGGGGUCUACCAGCUGGUCAUCAUCUUCACUUUGCUGUUUAUAGGCGAGCGCAUCUUUAACAUCGACAGCGGCCGCAACGCGCCUCUCCAUUCCCCCCCCUCUGAGCAUUACACAAUCAUCUUCAACACCUUCGUCCUCAUGCAGCUUUUCAAUGAGAUCAACGCUCGCAAGAUCCACGGAGAGAGAAACGUCUUUGACGGCAUCUUUGCCAACCCCAUCUUCUGCUCCAUUGUUUUGGGGACCUUUGCAGUGCAGAUUGUGAUCGUGCAGUGGGGGGGGAAACCCUUCAGCUGUGCCCCCCUCAACGUGGAGCAGUGGCUCUGGUGUCUAUUUGUGGGAGUUGGAGAGCUUCUCUGGGGGCAGGUGAUCGCCACAGUUCCAACAGAGCGACUGCCAUGUCUGAAAGAGGCGGGGCUUGGCCUGGAGCCCGGGGAGGAGGAAGGGGAGGAGCUUGCCGAGGAUGAGGAGGAGAUUGACUGUGCAGAGCGAGAGCUGCGCCGCGGACAGAUCCUCUGGUUCAGAGGCCUUAACCGUAUCCAGACUCAGAUGGAGGUAGUGAGCACAUUCAAGCGAAGCGGUUCCUUUCAGGGAGCAGUGAGACGGCGCUCCUCCGUGCUCAGUCAGCUCCACGACGUAAACACUAUCUCUACCCCCUCUCACAUGCGAGUGGUGAAAGCCUUCCGUAGCUCGCUGUACGAGGGCCGGGAGAAGCCGGAAUCCCGCAACUCUAUCCACAACUUCAUGGCCCACCCAGAGUUCCUCAUCAACGACCUCAUCCAUAACAUCCCGCUGAUCGAUGACACUGACGUGGACGACGAAUCAGAGCUCAGCAGAUACCAGCACCUGCACCCGGCCCUCCGCAAACCGCCGCCUCCUCCGGCCCAGCCCCCGGCCCGCACCAGGCCGACCCGGCCCUACCGCCAGCACAGCCUUCCAGUGACCCCGUGUAACCGGAACAACAACAACAACAGCAGCAGCAGCUCACCGGGCCCCCGCAGCUACAGAAACAGCAGCAACAAAACGACCCACAAACAUCACCACAACCUCCCUGGGAGGCCCCGGCCUGCGGAGCCCCCCGCCCCCCACCCUGCACACCUCUUCUGCGUGGAGACGUCCUUAUAACGGGUCUGGGAGGGAGGGAAGGGCUGAGGACAUUUCCAUCCAGUCUCCCUCCAAACUAGCUCUGAAAAAAGGAACCCCCCCCAUCUAAUCCCUGAACAGUCAGGGUGGGGCUGGGACCCCCAGCAAACCCAGAACAGCUUCAGACUCAGUGUUCAUUCUGACCCCCCCACCCUGCCAAGCGCACUGCUCCACCCACCCUGAUGACUUCACCCGCGCCCCUCUCUGCUGCCCCCCCAUUAAUGUCCUGCUCUACAGGUUUCUGUCUCGUUCCAUUUCUCUGCUUUGUGUUUCGUCUUUUCUCAUAAAACAUACAUGAACAGAAAUGAGAAAAAUCCGAGAAACUGAACUGAAAGCCCCCCCCCCCCCCCUCUCCUUUUUGUCUGUUUGGUUCAAUGAUCUUGACCUACUGUGCCCCC